AUGGAGGUGCACGAAAAGCUCGGCACACCACCUGCAGAUAUUGAAGAAAAAGCAAGAUUUUAUUUAGAGGAAUUGCUUGGAUUUGCUGAUGAGUUUGAAGAGAAUAAAAUUGGAGAGUUUUGUCGCCUGUUAGAAGAGGUUGAAGGUAAUGAAAACCUCAUUUCGUCCUCAAUUCCUCACUCGGUUUGUGAAUGGAUAUAUUAUACUAAUAUGAUUGAAAAUGUUGGACCAAGCUCACUUGAAGACACGGAAAAGAUUCUGAACAAUCAAUUGGAUUCCAGUAACGAACAAGAGAUCGAGGCUGUUAUGAUCACAUUGUCAUUAUUAAACGAAACUUUCAGAAAGGAAAAUUACAAAAACAAGAUGAUAUCCUCUGUAAUUUUUGAUGAAUCAUCCUUGAAGAAAUGGUUUGGCAUUGUCAUACCAAAUGCCAAAAUGGAGUAUAGAGAUCAUGGUAGCGAAGCUUCUUCAUAUAAUGGAAUUACUCAUACUUAUCCUAAACACACUAUUGUAAAAUCAACCACAAGACUAUUGUGCAAUGAUGUUUACUCACUCAGUCAAGCAAUUACCAAAUGCUAUCCUGAAAACUGUGAAAAACAGCUUUUAUAUGUAUUUGCAUUAGCUGCCUUUGCACAAUUCCAUUUUGUCGACAUUCAUCCUUUCCCAGAUGGUAAUGGAAGACUGUGUAGAUUAAUUUCAAAGAGAAUAUUGGACUGGUGUUGUCCAUUUCCAUUUCCAAUGUUUAAGAAUAGAGAUGCCUAUUUUCAAACACUGAUCGAAGCAAGAAAAAUAGAAGCCAAGUGUGCUCCCAAGUUCUUGAUGAGUUUACUGAUAGAUUCAGCAGUUGAUCAUUACAAAAGCAUUCUAGAAACCAGAUACACAAUAUUUCCACUGGUUGCUCUUUCUGUUGAAGAAUUGGAACAACAUGCUAAAGAUACAAACAUGGAUAAGGAGACACUUGAUAAGUUACGAGAGGAAUUUGAAAAAUUGGAUAUUAAUGGUACUGUCAUUGUAAAGAUUAAUGAAUCAAAAGCUUACAAAUUAACAAGAAUUGAAACAGUGGAUUUCGAAACUAUUUAA